AGUAUUGCCUCUAUUUAAUGCCUCAAGAUCAUUCGCUUCAUUACUCUGUUCCAUAUAUGGUAAUGUUUACCUAAUAAGGAAUACGUGUCACAAAUCAAACAGAGCGCCAUUCCGAAAUGCUGUCCGUGUAAUUUGUAAUUACAAUUUGUAAACAUUGAUCUAUUUAGGCAAUCAUUUGUAUCUUCAUACAAUGAGUUUCAUUCAUGCUAUAGUUAUUUGUCUUUCAACGAACAAAGUGAAAUGAUGGCGCAGUUAAUUUUGUGAAUCUUAAAUUUGGAUGAAAUAAAUGAAGAAGCUGGAAAUUUUGACAUAAAUAUGACGUAAAAGCUAGCUAAUUACCUUCUAUGCGGUUCUCACGAUUUGGGAUGGCAUGUCCAUUCUGGAAAUUUUGUUUUUGAUACCUUCACUAAUUUUUGUGCUGUCUAGUAGCUGAAUGGCGAAGCUGGAAUCCCCUAGACCCGACAGACCUACACAACACCAUCAUGCUUCUUCAAGCUCCUUGUGGGCAAACCAGAAUGAAAUGAAACGUUACAUUUCUAAACUCAAAUCUGAACUAGCUGAGCAGAAAAGUCGAGUAAAAUUAGCACAUCGUAAUAAGACUGAGGAGAUUAAGAGGCUACAAGAGAGUUUGACAAACGAGAAGCAAAGAGCUGUAGAGAAUGUGUCUAAGAAGUUUGAGAGCGACAAAGCGUAUGAAUUGAAAAAAAUGAGAGAGUCUGUGGUCAAGCAAAAGGAUCACGAGUUUCGUCAAGCUGUGCGACUAAAAGACGAGGAAUUACGUGCUUUAAAGUUGGAGUUGCAAGAAAGUAGAAACAACAACAAGAUAUUAGAAGAUGAAUAUAAACGAAUUAGUUACGAAAAGUCCCGGAACGAUGGCAACGAAAACGAAAAACGGUGGAAAAGCGAAAUAAGUAAUUUGCGGAACGACAACAGGCGUCUCGAAGACAAUCUUCGGAUUAGAACGGAAUCUGAUAAUGAAAAAGCAGAGCUUAUACGACAGAUGAAAGACGAACAUGAAUCUGAAAUGAAACGAGUAACAAGAGAAUCGAAACAAAGUUCUCUGAAAGACCUACGACAGCUGAAAGCCGUGUCGCGAGAUAUCGAAUUGAAGAACCAGCAGCUGGCUUCUAAAGAAGAAAAUUUACGUCGAUUGCAACAAGAGAAAAAUGAUCUUGGAAAAAAAUUACUAGAACGGUCUCAUAAUGGAAUGAAUAAUAACACUCUCGAUUCGCAGAAAAUGAAAGGUUUAGCUAUGUCUAAAAUGUCUGAGGCCAAUUUGGACCCUGCUACUAGGGAGAAGAUACGACAGCUGAAACUUCGAAAUUCAGAAUUGGUGGCAAUAGCAAGUAAAUUGGAAGAGAAAGUUAAACAGAUACAAGAAGAAAAGAAAAAGCUUGAGAAAUCAAAGGAGGUAAACAAUCCAUUGAUAAAUAAUCUCAAAAAGGCAUUUGCAAAGCAGCGAGCGAAAGAUCUUGCUGAACGUGCAUCGCUGGUAAUGAAUAAAGAUAAAGAAAUCAAGACUCUGAAGCAAAAAACUGAAAGCAUUUUUCAAAAAGGAAUAAUUGAAAAUGGUUUUCAUGAAGACAUGGAGAAAAUCAUAAAUCAAAAUAUUAAAGAACGCCUUCUUUUUGAAAGACAGGUUUCAUUGAAGACAGAGCAUUUUCUCGGGGAAAUCAAACAGCUGAAUGCCAAAAACAAAAGACUGUCCGACGAUAACGAUGUUCUCAAAGAUCAGGUUUCAAAACUUUCCGAAGUUGAAUGUGAACAUGAAAAACUGUCUGAAGAGGUGGAAUUAUUACUUCAACGAAAAGAAAAACUAGAGGAGACAUGUUUAGAGAAAGAUGACUUACUUAAAAAGCUGGAACGUGAGAAGGAAAUGCUUGUGAAUCAAAUGGGCGAACUACAAACAAGGAACGCGGAACUGAUGAAGAAAAUUGAUCGUUUGAAUGAGCUAGAUCGCGAGUGCAUAAACUUGAAGGUGUGCGUUGAAAAGUUGGAAAGCAACAACUGUUUGCUAAAUGAUAAAAAUAAUGAACUUAGAAAUGAAAUUAAACGGCUAGAGAAGAUGCAUUUUUUUGAUAAAGACAGUGAGGACGGCAGGCUACAAGAGAUAACAGGUUGUUCUUCUUCUCCGAGUGAUGGAGGAUUUAUUCAGAACGAUGUGUUAAACUCCACUCCAAAAGAAAACAAAUCUACACAAACAUCGCAGUUGUUUUCCCCAGAUGUAUCGCCAAUCCUACAUAUAAAAAACAACGAGGAAGAUGUACCACGAGAUGAGGAUGAAACACCAGUCGAUGACCACAACUUGCCGAACGGACAUUGUAGUGAAACUAGUUCUUCGACUAGUUUUGAUGUAGAUAAUCUCGGAUUUCGUAUAAGAGAAUUGGCUGUCUGUGACUCAGACGAAAUCAGUUGCAACCGAGUUGAUAGCGGACAAGACGAAUCUGCGCUAUCUGAGAUGAAUGAAAAUCUGGCGCAAAGUAGUGAUGAAGAAGCACUAAAUAGUGCAAUGAGUAGCUACAGUGCUGAUGUCAGUCAAAUCGCCAGUGAAAAUGGGUCAGAGAUACGAAAUGAGGAAAGAGUACAAGAAGGUGAUGAUGUGGUACAGGUCGGUGAUGAUGGAGUACAAGAGGACGAUGGUAAAAUACAAGAGGGUGAUGAUUUGGACGAUGAUCAUACACAUGAUUACUGCGUUGGAGGUUAUGCUUUUGACCUACUUGAGGUUGAGAACAGAUUAUCCAUAUUCAAAGCAAAAUACAGCUAUGAUCCCAUUUUAUACUCACCUAACGAGAAACCUGAAUUGGAGUUGGCUUUUCAAGCCGGUGACUAUGUGUACGUCUUUGGCGAUAUUGAUGAGGAUGGUUUUUACAUUGGUGAAUUGAUGAACGGAAAGCGAGGACUUGUUCCUUCAAAUUUUAUUGAACGAAUCAUCGAAGAUGAAGCCUUUUUGGAAAAAUAUGAUGACAACAAUGAUGGAAGUGAGGAUAGCAGUUCUGAUGAAGAAAUAACGUUAAAAGAUGAAAAUGGAAAGAAGAGGGUAGUUAAACCAAGAGCUUUUUCUGAGCGUCGUCACCAAAAGUUCAGAUCAUCUCUCGAUCACGUGUUGGACGAUAAACUUGCUGAUAUUCAUGAGUCAGACGAAGAUGAUUUCGACGCAUGUUGUGACAGUGAGGACAGGACGGCUAGCAGCAAAGCUGAAGCAGAUCAAGGCUUUGACUCCAUGGACUCAGAGUGCAAUGAAUCACGUGUACCUUCACCAACCAAGCUUUCUCUCGACGAACAGUUUACUAAUAGUGCGUUGAUAAGUUGGCGUGGUGUUCAAAUGGCAAAUGAAGACAUUCUUGGAUACAACAUCUACGUUGAUGGACAACUAACGACUCGCAUUAAAGGAAACCAAAAAACGAAUGCUGUUAUUGAAAACAUCGAUCCUACUCAGACUUACCGUUUAUCCGUCCGAACAAGAGCUGUGAGUGGUAUCGAGUCUCCCGACAGUCAGGCAACAAUGGUAUUUGGACCAGAAGCGACGUACUCGCCUAGUAAUGUGUGCAUCACAAAGUUGACGGCAACAUCUGGAUUAGUACAAUGGACACCAGCACACAGCAACUAUCAACAUGAGAUCAGUUUAAACGACAUGCUACUUGUGUGUGUACGUCCAAGUUGCUCGUUCUUUACAUUAAAAGAUCUCAUACCAUCAACAUUGUAUACGUUACAAGUGAAAACUGUCUUACCUGACUCUGUAAAGUUAAGUUUGGGAAAGAAUAUUGAAGAAAAUAUUUGUAAAUCAAUUGAAUUUACUACAGGAGAUGGUGGUUUACCCGAGCCGCCUGUUGACUUGCAGAUCGGUCAGCUGACGUCUUCUAGCAUUUCUUUAAUGUGGCUUCCCGUAACUUUAUCCGAGGACGGUUACUCAAAUGGCUACCGUGUCAGCGGCUACAAACUUUACGUCAGUGGUAUAUACUGCGCUGAAACUGUUUCAGCUUGUCUUGGUCAUCUAGUGAUACCUCUUGAAACGUUACAAAAUCUUGGAAAACGGCUUGACAUGUCGCGCAUGCGCUUUGUGUUAAGAACGCUGUCGGUAAUGGGAGAAUCAACAGACUCAAAUAUCGUGGAGUUAGACUGGAAUAAUGUUAGGGACACAAUUGACAGGAAUAUUAAUCCUGACGUGAAAGAACCAAGCUUAGACAGGGAAGGUGUCAUAGUCGCGAUGGAAUCUAAUGUUAUUCAUGCACCAUUAAAGCUUGAUAAUGAAAGUGUUGCUGAUGUUAACAGUUUUUAUGAAGAGAGCACUGACUGCAUUUUACCUAAUAGUUCAGAAAAGAAAAUUAAUCAUGUCAAUGGUGAGGAUAAGCCAUCAAUGUUUAGUAACACUGGAAAUACUGUUCCUAACCAAACAGAAACCGUCCAAUUACGCGUAGAUUGUUCUGUUGACGUUUCGGAAUAUAAUGGACUCCGUUGCAGUGAUGAGGAUCUUUCAAAGUUUGGUAGAGAUACAAAACAAGCGAAAGACCAGGAUUGUGAAAAUAACGUUACUGCUAAUUUAACAACUUUGGAUGAACAAAAAAACGUUACGUCAUCACCCAAAGUGUUGGUACGAAAGCCUCCAAUUGUUACACAAUACGAAAAUGCAGAAACAGAAAGCGAGAGCUGUUCAACGGAAACAAAGACAGAAGAUACUGAAGAUGAAUUAAUCGAAAGAUUUGAACAGUUGCAACUGCAGGAAUUUAGCGAUGGAAUGUACAUGAAAAUGGACUCUAAUCCAACUACGAAUCAACACUCGCUACGAAUUGAGAAUCUUCAAAACAAGGCCUUGGACAAUGAUAUGGAAGUUAAUAAUGGAGAACCUUGUCUUAACACUGAAGUGUUAAAUAACGGAGAGAUGUCGAAGAUAGACGGCGAGCAACCCAAAAUUGACGUAAAUUUUAGCAAUAACACUUGUGGGGAAAUGUCAAAUUUGAAAUGUGGUGCAAUCUUUUGUGGUGAAAGUGAAACACUAGAUUUGAAUUUAUCAAAUAAUAACGAGAAAGUCUGUAUUGAUCAACUUCAAGAUACUAACUCGCUUUCCGAACAUGAAUUAUCUCCAAUUUCUGAUUCAGAGAGCAGUCGUUCAGAUAACGGCAGCGAUAUAAAUGAGGAGUCAAUGCAUACUAAAAAUUUUCAAACUUUAAUGGACUCUGCUAUGUUAAAAAUUAAAAAUAUGCCCGCAUAUAGCUUUGAUACAGGCACUUCGCACACAGAAAGUGAAACUGAAAAUGGUCCGUUGUUGUCUGUCAUACAUGAAGUAGACGAAGAUAAUCUCACGGAUAAGGCUCCUUCGAAGCAUAUUUCGGAAAACAUGUCUCAGAAAAAUCUGCCGCAUAGCUCCGAUGUUUCCGGGAAAAAUCUUAGCCGAAGCAUAUCUUCGGAUGACGAGGGUUUUCGAACUGAAGAUGACGUAUUGGACUUGCUGCAUGACGAACUUGAUGAUGUUUGUGAAAAUAGAAAUGAAGUAGCAGACAAUGGAAACCGUAGCACAAAGAUAAAUGAUGGUGAAUUGAGUUUACAUGAAGUUGAUAACAAUAAAAAGAAUGAUCCAAUUGGUGUUCAAAAUGAUUUGCCUAACGGAAAUAAAAUGACUAAUAAUCACACCAACAUGUCUUUAAAGAAAAAUAUCGCUUCUUCUGUCGAUGGGAAUUUGGAAAGCGAUAUCGAAAUGACUGACAACGCUUCAUCAAAUAAUUUAAGUGAAUCGACCUAUUCCUCGGACUUCUCAAAAUCGGAUAGUUCAAUAUCACAAGAUCCUCCAUCUGCAGAUCUCGCUAUUCAAACAAUCAUGAAUUCAUUGUCUUUGCCUAGCGACGGGAAAAUGACUUCACAUAAAAUCUCUGAAUGCGUUUCUGGAGUUAGUUUGAAAUCUUCUCAAUUUGAUUAUGAACAGAAACAGAAUAGUUUGGAAGAAGUUCGAUAUUUUAUUGCGUUAUAUAGUUAUGAUCCGUUGUUACAAUCACCGAACGACAAUGGCGCCGAUGAAGAAUUGCCUUUCAAUAAAGGAGAUGUAAUUAAAGUAUUCGGUGAGAAAGAUAUGGAUGGUUUUUAUUGGGGUGAAUGUAAGAAACUAAAGGGUUAUGUCCCUUCCAAUAUGAUCGUUGAAACAAAAGUCAACGAAGCUAUGAACUUAUUUAAUCAACCAAAUGGUGAUUCCAUGUUGAAUAAUGCAUUCAUCUUGCACGAAACUGUCAGUGGUGAACUUCAUGUCGAUGGGGCAUCGGAGAAUCCUGGUCCUGAGCACGUUAUUGCCAAUCACGUGAGACUUGGUGAAAAUAUAGAUUUUGAAACAUUACGAUCUCGGGAGAUGAAAGCUUUGUACGAUUAUGAUCCACACAGAGAUUCUCCAAAUGUGGAUAGUGAGAUUGAGCUGUGCUUCAAAGCUGGUGAUAUUAUCAAUACCUUCGGUGAAAUGGAUGUAGACGGAUUCUUUAAGGGAGAGUUGAAUGGUGUUCGGGGUCUUGCACCAUCGAAUUUUCUUGAACCUGUCAACAAUAACACUCAAAACAGCCUUUUCAUUCAUGACCCUGAGCUACCAGAUAAUCGCUCAUCUUCUUUCGACGGAGAAUCUGUGCAGAGCUCGCCUUCGACACUCAAGUCAGACGAAUUCAAAACCCAGGCGAAAAAGAGAAAAAAUCUUUUCACAAAGGGGAAGAAAAUAUUUAAGAAAGCUUUUAAGUAACGAUCACCAUUUGCUAACAAGAUCAGUUCAACUGCGUUGCUGAACAAAGCAUCAAGAUGAACAUUUUUAAAGGUAUUUUGUGCCAUUUUAGUCAACAUUUAUUGUCAUUCAUCUAUUCAUUUAGUUUCUUAUACUUCAUGGAACAUUUCAUUUACCAAACUACUUAAAUGGCACUUUCGAUGAAUUUUAGUACGUAGAGAGCAAAUAUAUUCUUUUAAAGAUUAUUUAUUGAAUGAUGCAAAGUUAUAGAUUUCACCUAGAAAAUUUAGGAACGACAAAACACUCAUGUAAAUCGAAAAUUUUUAUCCACACAAUAACUAUAUAUGAUGUAAAAUAUAAUUGUAAUCAUAGUGCUUUUGAUAUUUAACUAUAUUUAUAUACGAAUUAUAAAGAUUUAAAGAAUGUAUGUCAUUUUUUGGCGGAUAAUAGAGGAAAAUUAUGGA